GCAAUAAUUUCGAUAAAUCGCGAAAAAAUUUUCGAUACUUGCAUAUGUUCAGAGAAUUUCAUUGUAGGUUACAUUUUCCAUUAAAAAAAUUUCAUUUGCAUACGACGAUAAAAUUCAGCUACUUGUCAGCUGUUUGAGUUAGGGAACGCGAUAUUAAAAGAAAAUGUCAUUCGGGGAAAAAUUGACAGCUAUCAUGCAGAGGCCAGGUGAGGACCUCGUCGCCAAGGACGAUGUACCCUGGUGGUUGAAAUACUCGGGACGAGGUCUCGGUACAGUAGGAGGUGGCAUUGCGAUAAUUCUAGGAUUGUUUAAUAUUAUAACUUCAAUUUUCAACGUUAGUUGUAUAUUAGGGAGCAUUUGUUUAAUGCUUGCUGGAUUCACUGUUGUUGUUAUCGAAGCUCCUUGUUGUUGCUUAUUUUUAGAUUUCGUACAAAAUUUCAGUGAUAUGGCCGAAAAAAGACCAUAUUGGAACAGAGCUGCCUUGUAUUGUGGAUUAGGUAUAGUGCCAUUAAUUUUGUGCCUAGGUUUCUCCAUCUUUUUUGGUAGUGGAUUAAUUUUUGCAACAGGAUUAAUUUACGGAAUGAUGGCUAUUGGAAAAAAGGCAUCUUUCCAUGAAAUGAGAACAUCAGCAGCAUCGGCGACAGCUUCUCAAGCAUCAACAUCAACAACUACGAAGUCAAAUCUCGUUCAAAAUGCUCAGCCAGUGAGUUUAACUAAUCCUCCGGAUAGUAUUGUUUGACCCUUAGGAACAAAGUGGCGUUUCAUCUUACGUCUUUUAAUUGUCAAUAUAAGUGAACAUUAAAUUCAUUCAUUUAUUGCAGUGUAGUGGCCAAGCGCAUGAAUAUUUUAUGAUUUUUUUUUUAAAUUUUGAUAUUGAAUCAAAGAAAAUUUAUACAAGUUUACUUGAAACAAUUUUUCAGUCCUCAUUUAAAAUGUUUCAAGUUACUAGUCUUGAAUUGACUUUGACUCAUUUAAAUGACGAGUUUUUCAGAUGAUGAUUAUAAAAAAAGACUGUUAAUAAUAUUAUUCAUGAGUUUGGUUCACUUAAACAAUUUGCAAAUGAUUAACAAAACUUUCCAUCGUGACACUAACAAAAAAUAAUUUUUUCUUUUAUGACUAAAAAUUGGUUUACAUAUAAUAUAAUAUCUUCAUUUUUUUUUUAUUUCAAAAAAGAUUACUUAAAUUAAAAAAUAAUUUACAAUAAGAGAAUCAUUUGUAGUAGUAGUAGUAAAAGUAAUUUUAAUGAUUGAAAAAAUCAAUUUUUUGUGAAUCUCACGGUGGGAUUUUUUUUUUAAAAGAAAAAUAUACCCUGAUAUAUUAUUGGGUUUUUGGAGACAAAUUCGCAGAUGUAAUAACGUAUCAAAUAGAAAUUAAGUGCAUAUGGUAAACCUUAAGUAAAAUAAGGAGAGGAAAUGUUUUUUUUUAUUUUUUUUUUUGUCGAAAAUAUCAAUAUUUCAAGUUUUCAGAACAGGUUCUCAGUUUUAUUGUCUUUUUUUUAACACGGCAAAUUUUUUUUUUUGCUGCGCUUGUUUUUUUUUCUCAAUCAGUGUCUUCUAUGUUUUGUAAACUAAUAUUUUUUAGACUUAUUUUUUAUCUAGUCAGAAGGAAUAAUUGAAAAAAACAUUUCAUGAAUUUUUUUUACACUUCUUUUUUUUUUAUUUGUUUUAAAGAAAAAAUGUAAUUUUCUUCAUGAGGCUAGGAAACGCUUUAUUGUGACAGAAGGACUAAACAAAAAUAGAGGCUCGAUGAAUCAAUAAUUUAUUUAAGAAUUGCUUUUUGUAUUUCCCUUUUUUAUUAUAUAUUUAUAAAAGAAGAAGAAGAAGAAGAAGUAAAACUAAAUAUGAAAACAUAUCAUAUUCAUGCGAGGGCCUCGUAUUUAUGACUUAUUGUUUUUAAUAUAUCAUGAUUUACAAAAAAACAAAAAUUUUGUUUUUUUUUUUUUUUUAGAAAAAAUUGAUUUUUUUAAAUCAUUUUUAAAAAAUAAUUUUAAAUAAUAUUUAGGUCAUUUUAUUUUUUUAAGGAAUUUUUUUUUUUAAUUGUACUGAUAAAAAAUUUUCUCUUCCUUGAUUUUAUUUAUUUAAGAGCAAAAGACUUCGAGAAUCUCUUUUCUUUCAUUGUUCCAAUUUUUCAGUGGAAAGAUUUCAUAUUUCAUUGAUAGUCUACAUUAUAAUUGAGAGUGGUUCUUCUUAAGAAAAAAAGAAAAAGAAAACUUUUUUUUCUUUUUACAUAAUUGAUAUACGUCUUUCUUGAAAAAAGUUUCAUUUUGUAUGUGUAAACUUUAACGAAAUGUUUAGUAAAAAAAAAGAAUACUUUUUAAUUGAGCCAAUUAGGCCUAAUUAAUAUUAAUUAAUUAUUCAAGUGAACAGUACCAAAUGGAAUUUUUUUCUAUAGGCGUUGGUAUCUUUAAAUGAAAAAAAAUUUUCUUUUUUUUAACGAAUUAUUCGUACAUAGUUUUAAUGCGGGCACACUUGUAUUAUUACAAUAGACGUAAAUUGAAGAAAAAAAAACUCAAUAGGAGUUGUUAGAGUUAUUUAUGGCUAAAAACCUGUAUUAGGAAAAAAAAAGUAGAAUUAGUCUAGUUUAAUUAUUUACGGAUAUUCGAGACACUGACAUGACUAAUAUAAAAAAAAGAACGGACAAAUAUAUCAUUAAGAAAAAAAUAAUUUAAAUAUAUAUAAAAAAUUCAAUUGUAUUUUAAUAUCAAGAAUUUCACUUUUUUGAAAAAUUAACCAAAAAGUACAAAUAAUUGUUCAAUUAUUUUAAUAUUAUUAAAUAAUAAUUACUGAAAAUUUUAUAUUUUAAAAAUAUAAUUUUUAACGAAUUGUUUAUUGACUCGUUUAAAUCAAUGAAUCGAAUAUCCUUAAUAAUGCAAAUUAAAGACAUCUAGAAAUUGUGUUUCAUUUUGUGGAAAAAAAAAACAUUCCAAGCUUUCAAAAAUUACUCUAAUCGUGAGAUUAUUUGAUAGAAAUAAAAAUGCCGGUGGUAUUUAGAGAGAACCGAAGCGUUCUCAAUUAUUAUAUUAUAAAUAUAUAUGUCAAUCGUAUUGAUCUAGUUCAGCAAAGAUAAAACGAAUUUUAAUGAAUGUGUUACUUCACGUCUGAAGGAAUAGUUUAUCAGAUAGAAUGAAUGCUGUUUUAUAAUUUAUAAGACUAGCAAAGGGCUUCUUUAAAAUAUUUUUGAAGCUUCCACGAUAAAAUUAUAGAAUAUCCACUUCCAAUAAAUAAAUUUUUAGCCUAUUUACAUGAGAAAGAGAGAGAGAGGAUGCCUAAGGGACAAUUCAAAUUUUUAUGUAAUUUUUUUUUUCCUUUUCAUGUUUUGUAUAUAUAAUAUGUACACGUAUAUUACUGCGUUAAUAUAAUAUAAUAAUAGACGUCCCUUGUUAUUAUGAAAAAAAAAAAAAAUAAGUUUUGUCAUUAGAUAAAAUUAUCACAGGCAAAACUAUUUUUCGUCUUAUAAUGCGGUGCAAGUGAAAUUAAACUUGUAUGACUAAGUUCGCGAGAAUGACUAAGUUUUUUUUUUUAUUAGAUAAUGUAUACUGAAUUUAAGUCCUGGGCAGAGAGAAUUACCUUUUUUUUUCUUGUAACUAUUGAAAGUUACUUUUGAGAAAAAAAUAAUAGUAACAUGUAACUUAAUCCACGACUGCAUAAAGUAAUUCAAUUAUAAUUAUAUUAAUGGAAAAAAAAAAUUGACCUACCAUGUUCGUUAUGUAUGUGUGUAAUGUAAUAAAAUUGUCAAUAUAAUAUUGAUUAUUGGUAAGGUAAAA